GGGCUGCAGCAUCCCUAGGGAGUUUGGAGCUGGAACCCCAGAAGUGAGAUGGGGGAGCUCCACGUGAUCCGUGAGUGGGAUUCUGUGGCCUUAGUUGCCCCUCUGCCUGGUGAAGAGAGGAAAGCGAACGGGAGGUGGGGCUCAGGCCAGGUGCGCCAUGACUCCAAGAGGGACAGGUAUGCCCCCUAGCUGGCUGUGGAAGGGUGGAGGGUAACCAGAUGAGUCAGAGAUUAGGAAGGUGGGAUAAGCAGGAGGAGGGCGGAGCCAAGUUCUGUUCGGAAUCUUGUGGGGGCGGGGCCUAAACACAGAGGCCUGAGGCCCUACCUUGGAGAGAGGUGACACACAGCAGGCCCAGCUGACAGCUGGGGAGGCAGAGAGCAGCACAUGCAAAGGCUCUGGUGGGGGAGUGCACGUGGUGCAGUCAGGGAACAUCAGGUAUUUUCGGAAUAUUUCAAGGAGCUGGAAGAGGAGAGUAUCCGCGACAACUUCGUCAUCAUCUACGAGCUGCUGGAUGAGCUCAUGGACUUCGGCUACCCCCAGACCACAGACAGCAAGAUCCUGCAGGAGUACAUAACUCAGGAAGGCCACAAGUUGGAAACAGGGGCCCCACGGCCCCCAGCCACCGUCACCAACGCAGUGUCCUGGCGCUCUGAGGGCAUCAAGUACCGGAAGAACGAGGUGUUCUUGGACGUCAUUGAGUCUGUCAAUCUCCUGGUCAGUGCCAACGGUAACGUCCUACGCAGUGAGAUUGUGGGCUCCAUCAAGAUGCGGGUCUUCCUGUCGGGCAUGCCUGAGCUGCGCCUGGGCCUCAACGACAAGGUUCUCUUCGACAACACGGGCCGUGGCAAAAGCAAGUCCGUGGAGCUGGAGGACGUGAAGUUCCACCAGUGUGUGCGGCUCUCUCGCUUUGAGAACGACCGCACCAUCUCCUUCAUCCCACCCGAUGGCGAGUUUGAGCUCAUGUCCUACCGCCUCAACACCCAUGUCAAGCCCUUGAUCUGGAUCGAGUCUGUGAUUGAAAAGCAUUCCCACAGCCGCAUCGAGUACAUGAUCAAGGCCAAGAGCCAGUUCAAGCGGCGGUCAACAGCCAACAACGUGGAGAUCCACAUCCCUGUGCCCAACGAUGCCGACUCACCCAAGUUCAAGACGACAGUGGGGAGCGUCAAGUGGGUCCCCGAGAACAGUGAGAUCGUGUGGUCCAUCAAGUCCUUCCCGGGCGGCAAGGAGUACCUGAUGCGGGCCCACUUCGGCCUGCCCAGCGUGGAGGCGGAGGACAAGGAGGGCAAGCCCCCGAUCAGUGUCAAGUUUGAGAUCCCCUACUUCACUACCUCCGGCAUCCAGGUGCGCUACCUGAAGAUCAUCGAGAAGAGCGGCUACCAGGCCCUACCGUGGGUUCGUUACAUCACUCAGAACGGAGAUUACCAGCUCCGGACCCAGUGAGGGGCCACGGUGGCCAACGCUCCCGGCCCAGCACUGGGGCUCCUGGUGGAAGCACCGGGAGGAAGCACCUGCCAAGCCUGCCGGAAGGAAGGGCUCCCCUGGACACCAGCCACCCUCCCGGCUCCACCCAGGGGCCCCUCCUCCUCCAGGCGCACCUGCUGUGCCGUCGCCACUCUCAUCCCCCAAGUCCCUUUUCCCAGAAGAGGCUUAUCUUCAAGAAGUCUCGUCUCUUUGCCCCCGAGUCAGUUUGAAGGGAAGGAAAGAAAUCUUUCCCUCCAGAGAUCAAAUACAGCCUUCUGUGCUGUUUAGCUCCUAGUCACGAAAAGAUUGGGAAACGCUCGCCAGACCACCGUCUGGCCGGGCUGGCAGGGCCACCGUUUUGUUGCCAUUCUGUUGAACGUUGUAGGUUUAUUGAGUGUUCCUGGAUUUUUGUCUUGGUCCGUUGCUGUUUACGUGAACUUCACUGUCCACGCCUCCUGCCCCUCAUCCUGAAGCGCUCAGGCAGCACUUAGCGAGGACAGGACCUCCCCGUUCCUCGCCCUCCUCCCCAGCGAGGCUGACGCUGGGUCGCCUUCCCACAUCGGGCCAGAACCUGGCACUUUGAUCGGAGGCUGCAGCUGAUGGCUGUUCUUGGAGGCUCCUUGGCCUGGACGCAUAGGCUUCAACAGAGGCGCCUUCUGAGGGCCAGCCUGUGCCACACGAUGCUGUCACUCAGCCACAUCAGUGUUUGUCCCCCCAGGGGAGGUGGGGUCCAGGAAGGGCCCCUGGCCUCAGAGGGUGGGGCGCACGGGUCAUCCACAUCCGUGCUUGGACACCACCCCCUUCAACCCUGUCUGUGUUUGUGUCAUGAGUACAUUAAAUUCCAUCAGUUACA